AUGAUUAACACAACUACGGGGAUGCUUAGCGGUGUUUCUGACGACACAAGUGGCAGUCUGUUUCUGGGUAUCCCCUACGCCGAGCCACCGAUCGGAAGUCUCCGAUUUAGGGCUCCCGUACCGAAGAUACCGUGGGAAGGAGCCCGGGCUGCCGACAAACACGGGGCGUCCUGCCCACAGGACAUGCAGAGUAACCCGCACUUGCAAGACCUUUCCGAAGAAGCAAGGGUGGUCAGUGAAGACUGCCUUACUCUGAAUGUCUACUCUCCAGCUGGAGCUGUUAGCGAAGCUGUCAUGGUGUGGCUCCAUGGUGGUUCAUUUGAGACCGGGCAAGGAGCUGCUUAUGACGGUACUGAUCUCGCGUCCAGAGGAGUCGUUGUAGUCACCCUAAAUUAUCGUCUUGGCCCGCUGGGGUUCCUCAGUACAGGAGAUGAGUCCACGGGUAAUUACGGACUAAUGGACCAACGUCUCGCUUUGCAGUGGGUGAAAGACAACAUCGCCGAGGUUGGAGGGGAUCCAACUAAAGUAACAUUAUUCGGCCAUGAUGUCGGUGGUAAUAGUAUCCUUCAGCAUCUUGUAAUGUCAGAGAGUAGCGACCUUUUCUCCAGGGCUAUCUUUCAAAGCAUCUCCUCCUCGUAUCCCAUGGAGUCUGUUAAUAAUGUUGUGCACGCCGACGCUUUGGCUGCAGCGGUGGGAUGCGUAGAAUCCGAGUACGUGGACUGCCUGAGAGCGCUUCCUCUCUACGUUCUGAUGAACGGUCAGGUACAAGUGAAGUCCGGACACCACGAGACUCUGGUCUGGGGUCCCGUGACCACCUUCGGUACCCAAACUUUGCAAGAGGUGCAGGGAGACAAACAUGAUUUGAUUGUCGGCUUCUCUUCGAGUGACGGCUCUGGGGUCGUGGACAGACUUGGCCAGGGGCCUCUCUCACGCGAGGCAUGGGAAGCAUAUUCAGGACCCUUCGUCGCAGGUGGUAAGGGACAUGGCAGCACCCAUGGAGGCAGUAAUGAGCAGGGUAUUCUUCUCCAGGCUGCAUUAGACCACGAGUACCUCAUCCCCAUUGAUGGCAACUCGACCGACGGAAUGCUGCGUCUCCAGCAAGCUGUUGACUUGAACACUGACUCCCGCUAUGUGUUACCGACUGUGUUGUUACUUCGACAGGUGGCUAGUAUCGCUCAGAGUGUUCGCCUCUACGUGUUCGACCAUCGUACCACUUCUGAUAAUGGGUAA